AUGGCGACCAUCCGCUCUUCAUUGCCACACGUGGAGAGGACUGCAGUGCGUACUUCCGCCUCUUUCCCUCCGUUUCAUAGACUGAUAGACGUGCAAAGGCAGAGCCCCGUGAGGACGACGUAGAACCGGUAGUGUUAGCCAACGUACGGGAGGUCAACGAUACUGUUCGAUUGCUUCGUCUGAACGCGCUGGAUCCGAACCAUACCAUCAAGGUAUUCGCCUCUCGUUCGUGUUGCUACACACCAUGAACGCUGACUGACCUCAGUGAAAGUUCCUCCCAGGUCAAUGGCUUGUGAGUAUGACACAUGUAAGCCACAUACCACAGCCUACUGAAAGUCCAUCUUCGACUGCAGGACACCUUUAUCCCGAGCCUGCGACAGGCUGGCGGGUUUACCAUCACCUCGACUCCUGAUCAGGCCAGGCCUUCUGCGCAUUCCCCACCCUAUUUGGAAUUGGCGGUACAGAAGAGUACAAAUCCGCCGGCGGCUUGGGUAAGUUCUGCGGAAGGAAUAAAAUUACAUGAUACGUAUCUUGAACGCUUGGCUGAUGCUGGUCACUUGUUUGGGUAGCUCUGGCGUCCAACAGAAGAAAUCCUGGGAUCGAAGCUCGCGGUCAGAGUCGGCGGGAGCUUUACGUGGCCACCGCCCCAUCUGGAUCCUCAAAGUAUUGAGCGUCUGGUGCUCGUCGCUGGUGGCGUUGGAAUAAAGUGCGCAGAUGCCAGUCGCGAUGGUGUUUUUGCUUCAAGCUGACAUGACCAACAGUCCACUCGUCUCUAUUUUCUCACACCUAGUAAGGACAUCAACGCGACCUCGAGAGGUUCAUUUCGUAUACGCUUCGAAGGCAACAUCUGAUUUAGAUCCUCACAAAAUUCUGUUCCUGCCGCGCCUCCAGGACCUGAUUGCGGCUGAGGCAGACCCAAGCGUGACGCUUAGUAUGUUCCUGACUGGCACCGGAUAUGAUGGAGUCAUCGAGCAUGGCAAAUUGCCCAAUCGUACCUACGGCAGGCGCAUCAAUCGCUCAGACCUUCUCAACGCCCUCGAUGGAUACCAGCAGAACGUGUCUGGAGCCAAGCAUCGGGAUAAGACUGCCUGCUACGUCUGCGGACCACCGAGAAUGACCGAUGAGCUUGUAGAGUUUUUGCGAAAACAGGAAGGCAUGACUGACGAGAGAGUGCUCUGUGAAAAGUGGUGGUGA